AUGAAGUACAUUAUCGAGCACAUGGAGCAGGGCUUCAGCGAGUGGGUAACUCUGGAGUACGCCCAAAUUAUAAGAGACCUAGGGCCUUCGAACUUGAUCCUUUCUUCGCUACCCGAGGGAACUCAGGAAUCGGACAUCCCAUCCAAGUUACGCGAGAUGGGGCUGCAAUGGACCACAAGGCCUCUGACCGAGAUUAACGUAGCCUUUCCCGAGCUUCCCAGCCUGAAAGAAAAGCGAGUUUGUCUUUUGGAUCCUCGCGCGAAGGAGGACCUCCAACCUCGGGAUGCAAACGACUUUGAUUAUUUUGUUUUUGGUGGAAUUUUGGGAGACCACCCCCCAAGAGACCGCACUACCGAGCUUCUGAAAGCUUAUCCAGACCUUUUGGUCGGAAAGAGACUUGGAGACAAACAAAUGACCACUGACACCGCCAUCAGAACCACUCAGCUAAUCAUCGAGCGUCAAAAGGAGUUUCAACAGAUCGAGUUCAUCGAUUACCCUGAGUUUCGAUUCAACAAGAAUGAAGCUACCGAGAUGCCAUUCAGGUAUAUUUUGAAUGCCGAUAACAAGCCAAUUUUGCCCGAGGGCAUGCUCGAGCUGAUCAAGAAGGAUUCUGAGCAGAGCUUGGACGAUUUGCUGUGA